UCAUUAACUUAUGCCUAUUUUCUGCUUUUUUUUUUGUGUGUUCCGGGUUUCUGAUGGGAUUUCCUGAAAUGGGUAUUUAAUUUCUGGUGAAAAUAUGGUGUUUUUUUUUUCUUUUCAUGCAUUUGAAUUGUGGUUAGGAUCAUAAAAGUUUUGUGCUGCCUAUAUGGGUUUAUCUGGGGUUUGUGUUUAUACGCUGGAACUAUGAAAUGUGAAUGCUGUUAAGAAGAAUGAGGUUCAGAGGCAUCAGAAAAGUAAAUAUUGGGCAGCAUUUAGGACUAAAAGCAACAAUUCACCUUUGGAAUCUUGGCUAGCUAUGUUUGAAAAAUGAAGACUGCAUAAAGAGAGGAAUUGAUAGACCUCAGCAGUGGUUCUAUCGCUAUAUUAUGAUACUUCAAAAGGUGUGGCUUGAGAAGGAUUUGAAGGGUGAGAAUAGAUCUGCAUGACUGAUCCCUUAUGCCCUUGCAGGCAGAUGGAAUAUGAUGAAGUCUCCAUUUCGAGAUCUCAGGAUCAGAACAGCAUUGAGAUGCCAAUGGUAUCUGAAGGAAGUAAUAUCAUUUCAAUGCCACCAGACUCACAAUGCUGCUCUGUUUGCGCCUUUUCCAGGCAAGAAAACACUACUUUGGAAUCAAAGCAACGAUGGAAGUCAGCAAUCAGACUUUCUGGGCUCAUUGUUUUCUAUCUUAUGGUUAUGGUGGUAGAGAUUAUUGGUGGAGUAAAAGCCAACAGUCUUGCAGUUAUCACGGAUGCAGCCCACUUGCUCACUGAUGUUGCCGGAUUCUCCAUAUCUCUUUUUACAGUCUGGGCUUCAGCAUGGAAGGCAACCUCAUACCAAUCUUUUGGAUACAAUCGUCUUGAAGUCCUGGGUGCUCUUUCUUCUGUGCAGCUCAUAUGGCUUAUCUCUGCACUCUUAAUUUAUGAAGCACUUGACAGAAUUCUCCACAAAAAUGGAAAGGUAAAUGGGGCACUCAUGUUUGCAAUUGCUGCAUUUGGAUUUAUUAUAAACUUAGUUGUGGUCCUUUGGCUGGGUCAUGAUCACACUCUCGAUGCUUGUGGGGACACACAUCAUCACCACCACCACCAUCACCAUCAUCAUGACCAUGAGGGAGGGAAACCUUGUGAUUCAGCUGAAGAAGAGGAUACUAGUCUAGUGCCAAGAACUCCAGAGAAGACCAAGAUAUUGAACAUAAAUCUCCAAGGAGCUUACUUGCAUGUCAUGGCUGACCUAAUUCAAUCUGUUGGGGUGAUGAUUGCUGGAGCUGUUAUAUGGAUGAAACCACACUGGUUGGCAGUCGAUCUUCUCUGUACCCUUGUCUUCUCUACUUUUGCUCUGACUGCCACUCUACCCAUGCUUAGAGAUAUAUUUGGUAUAUUGAUGGAAAAGACACCGAAGGAAAUUGACAUUGAUACACUCGAAAGUGGUAUCAAGGGUAUCAAGGGAGUCCAAAAUAUUCAUGACCUCCAUGUAUGGGCUAUAACCGUUGGGAAACUUGUAUUGUCCUGCCAUGUAGUAGCUGAGCCAGGAGCCAGCUCUAAUGAAAUUCUUAGCAAGAUCAGGGAUUACUGCGAAAAAACAUACAAAAUUUAUCACGUUACUAUACAAAUCGAAUAGUCUUUUACUAGUUUCUCAAC